GAAGUUCUUAUGCUAAUCAAAUUUGAUUUUCUAGUAUUAUAUAAGGGAGGUUAUUGAGCAAAGUUUCAAACUUGUAUUAUACAAUUUGACAUUUUUGUUUCCUUCUUAUUAUCCCUUGUUUAAGCCGAUCACCAAAUAAAAUAAUUCUGUAUUUUAUUCGUAUAAUUUACCAGCCAUGUUUUGGAGAGGUUUGUUGGAGUCCGUUUUAAAUAUCGUACAAUUUCCCCUACCAGCCAAACAGCCCCUAAGCGACCAACCUCCUUUUUCCCCAUUGAAAAACCCUAAUAACGCUAAUCAAACAGAAGGAAAGAAAACUAAUCGUUCUUUCCCGGCGGCAAUGGCGGCUGAGGCGGCGGAGAAACGAUGCUUAUAUGAGAUCCUCGGCGUUAACCGCGACUGUACCGCCGACGAAAUCCGGUCCGCCUACCGGAAGCUCGCCCUGCAACGCCACCCUGACAAGCUGGUCCGAUCAGGCGUACCGGAAUCCGAAGCUACAGCUGCAUUCCAGGAGCUUGUGAACGCAUACGAGGUUCUCUCCGACGCGCGUGAGCGCGCGUGGUACGAUUCGCAUCGAUCUCAGAUACUCUUCUCCAAUUCCGGUCCGUCGAGUUCGGGAAAUUCCGGUUCUGUUCCUAACCUGUUCUCGUUCUUUUCGAAUUCGGUGUAUUCUGGAUAUUCCGAUAAAGGGAAAGGAUUCUACAAGGUUUAUGGUGAUUUAUUCGAGAAAAUAUAUCAAAACGAAUUGAAUUUCGCGCGGAAAUUAGGUACGGAGUUUCCGAAGGAAGCUCCUUUAAUGGGGAAUUUGGAGAGUCCGUACGCUCAGGUGACGGCAUUUUACAGCUAUUGGUUUGGUUUCGUUACAGUGAUGGAUUUUUGUUGGGUUGAUCAGUAUGAUGUUAUGGCGGGACCGAAUAGGAAGUCGAGGAGAGUGAUGGAGGAUGAGAAUAAGAAGCUGAGGAAGAAGGCGCGGAGGGAGUAUAAUGAGACGGUUAGAGGAUUGGCGGAGUUUGUGAAGAAGAGAGAUAAGAGAGUGAUUGAUAUGCAGAUGAAGAGGAAUGAGGAAAUGGAGAAGAAAAAGGAGGAGGAACGGAAGAGAAAGAAGGAGCUCGAGAGAGAGAAGGCUGAGAGAGCGAAGAAGUAUGUAGAGCCAGAGUGGUCGAAAGCUGAGGAGUUAGAAGAUGAUGGAAUUGAGGAGGAAUCGGAUGAGGACGAGAAGAAGAAGGUUGAUGGGAAGGAAUUGUACUGUGUGGUGUGUUCGAAGAAGUUCAAGAGCGAGAAGCAGUGGAAAAAUCACGAGCAGUCUAAGAAGCAUAAGGAAAAGGUGGCAGCUUUGAGAGAAGCUUUUGAUGACGAAGAUGAUGAGUAUGCUGAGUUGGCUGAGUUGGUGGAGGAUGGGGCAAGUGAGGAUAUAGAUGAUGGGGUGGAUGAGUUAGCGGAGCGUUUAGAAAGUAGUACACUAAUUCAAGAAGAUGAGCGUGAGGAUGAUGAGGUUCAGAGCAGCGAAGAAGAUGAGACCACUAAUUAUCAAAGCGGCUCUAAUUUAAAGAGAGCGGUUGAUGAACUUGGAUUAGAUGAUGAUGAUGAAGCUAGUGUACUUGAAGCUAUGAUAUCUGGCCGCAAAAGUAGGAAGAAUGCAGGUUCAGGUGGCAGUCGUCAAACUCCAACAAAGAAUGUUCAGGGUGAAUCUGGUAACGAUGAAAUGGACUUCAUGGAAUAUAAUAAUCUUAGAAGUACUAGGAGAAAUAAGGGUGGCCGGAAACAAAGAAACAGGAGACCACAAGAGGAAGAAGAAGAAGCAGGAGGAGGAGGAAAUAGCGAGCAAGUUCAGCUCGACACAGAGGUAGAUGAUAAUGCAUAUAAUGAUAGCUCAGCUUGCCAAGGGCUGUCAUCCCAGACUUCGGCAGAAAGAGCAAAUGAUCACGAAGGAGAUGACGUUUCAGGAGAUGGUGAGAAAGUUACUAGUAAAGGUACAGAAAAGAAAACUACCGUGAAGAAGGACAAAGUAAACAAAUCAAAAGACACAACCAAAGGAAGAAAACAGAAGGCAAAAUCAAAAUCUUGUAGCAACUCGUGUGAUACAUGUGGGGAGGAGUUCGAUUCAAGGAAUCAGCUACACAAGCAUCUGGGAUCAACGGGGCAUGCUAAACUAAAAUCUCGGUGAUAUUGCAGAAUCCUCAUCGACUGCAACUCAAGCUGAUCGAUGGAUGGUUGGGGCAGGAUUAUUUGUUCCUUAUUCUUUAUGGUUUACAGAUUAUUGUGUACGAUUUAGCAAUUAUCAUUGUAUACCAUAUUCAAAUGAGUUAGAAAUCAAAAAUUUUUGUAUCUCUA